AUGGAAAUGACAAACGUUGCGCGUCAGUUCAUUGAAAAGCGACCCAACACAAGCUUAUUCGUUGGUUUACUCCUUGUAAGCAGUUGCAUCCCAGUGGCCAUCUUCUUGGCGAUCGUACUCGGAUUUUUCCUCUUGAUGCUCACUGGCUUGUUGUUCAUUCAAGGCACAAUCAUUGGUCUCGGCUUGACAACAUUGUUGGUAAUCCUGCCGGGUCCGCUGUGCUUUGCUACAUUCUGCACACUCCUUGCCUACAUAGCCCAGUGUGUCUUCGCCAAGUUGAAACCAGUUUGCAAAACCAGUGUGGGAGAUUUGAUGAACCGAGUUGAGAUGGUUUCUGCUGGCCUACCCACAUGGCAGGGCAGAAGUUUGAGUGAGAACAUAAUGGCGUUUAUGGGCAGAGGAAAUGUGGAAGACUCGAGUAUAGACAUGGAUGACACAAUGAGCACAGAUGACGAGUACGGAGAAACAUCGUCUAAGCAGCCUGAUAUACAAACACAGCUGAAUGGGAGAGACGUUUUUAACAGACUAGCUUUCUUAAUGAACUGUAAAACUGUUGCAGCUGGGUAUAACCGUUGCAAAGGAGGGGUUAUUACACAUUGA